CCCCCGCCUUCUUCCGCGAAGUGCGCAGGCUCCUCGACCGGUUUCGGGUUCUGUGAGGGGACGCAGCCCAGCUGGCAGCGUCGCUCCCUGAGCGCGCCUGAGGGGGCCGCCGGGCCUUGUUUUUCGGCAGUGGUCGAGCCGCCACCGCCGCCAGUUCCAGAACUGAGCGCUGCAGCCGCAGUCUCGAUCGCCUUGUUUGGUCGACAGGAUCCCCGGAGUGCCCAGAGAGUGCGACCGCUCGCCUAGCCCGGCGAGCUCCGGGCGUGAAUCGAGCUGAGGGAGGAUGGCAGCCUCUGGGGUGGAGAAGAGCAGCAAGAAGAAGACCGAGAAGAAACUUGCUGCUCGGGAAGAAGCUAAAUUGUUGGCGGGUUUCAUGGGCGUCAUGAAUAACAUGCGGAAACAGAAAACAUUGUGUGAUGUGAUCCUCAUGGUCCAGGAAAGAAAGAUACCUGCUCAUCGUGUUGUUCUUGCUGCAGCCAGUCAUUUUUUUAACUUAAUGUUCACAACUAACAUGCUUGAAUCAAAGUCUUUUGAAGUAGAACUCAAAGAUGCUGAACCUGAUAUUAUUGAACAACUUGUGGAAUUUGCUUAUACUGCUAGAAUUUCUGUGAAUAGCAACAAUGUUCAGUCUUUGUUGGAUGCAGCAAACCAAUAUCAGAUUGAACCUGUGAAGAAAAUGUGUGUUGAUUUUUUGAAAGAACAAGUUGAUGCUUCAAACUGUCUUGGUAUAAGUGUGCUAGCGGAAUGUCUAGAUUGUCCUGAAUUGAAAGCAACUGCAGAUGACUUUAUUCAUCAGCAUUUUACUGAAGUUUACAAAACUGAUGAAUUUCUUCAACUUGAUGUCAAGCGAGUAACACAUCUUCUCAACCAGGACACUCUGACUGUGAGAGCAGAGGAUCAGGUUUAUGAUGCUGCAGUCAGGUGGUUGAAAUAUGAUGAACCUAAUCGCCAGCCAUUUAUGGUUGAUAUCCUUGCUAAAGUCAGGUUUCCUCUUAUAUCAAAGAAUUUCUUAAGUAAAACGGUACAAGCUGAACCACUUAUUCAAGACAAUCCUGAAUGCCUUAAGAUGGUGAUAAGUGGAAUGAGGUACCAUCUACUGUCUCCAGAGGACCGAGAAGAACUUGUAGAUGGCACAAGACCUAGAAGAAAGAAACAUGACUACCGCAUAGCACUAUUUGGAGGCUCUCAACCACAGUCUUGUAGAUAUUUUAACCCAAAGGAUUACAGCUGGACAGACAUCCGCUGCCCCUUUGAAAAACGAAGAGAUGCAGCAUGCGUGUUUUGGGACAAUGUAGUAUACAUUUUGGGAGGCUCUCAGCUUUUCCCGAUAAAGCGAAUGGACUGUUACAAUGUAGUGAAGGAUAGCUGGUAUUCCAAACUGGGCCCUCCAACACCUAGAGACAGCCUUGCCGCCUGUGCUGCAGAAGGCAAAAUUUAUACAUCUGGAGGUUCAGAAGUAGGAAACUCAGCUCUGUACUUAUUUGAGUGCUAUGAUACAAGAACUGAAAGCUGGCACACAAAGCCCAGCAUGCUGACCCAGCGCUGCAGCCAUGGGAUGGUGGAAGCCAAUGGCCUGAUCUAUGUUUGUGGUGGAAGUUUAGGAAACAAUGUUUCUGGGAGAGUUCUUAAUUCCUGUGAAGUUUAUGAUCCUGCCACAGAAACAUGGACUGAGCUGUGUCCAAUGAUUGAAGCCAGGAAGAAUCAUGGGCUGGUAUUUGUAAAAGACAAGAUAUUUGCUGUGGGUGGUCAGAAUGGUUUAGGUGGUUUGGACAAUGUGGAAUAUUACGAUAUUAAGUUGAACGAAUGGAAGAUGGUCUCACCAAUGCCAUGGAAGGGUGUAACAGUGAAGUGUGCAGCAGUUGGCUCUAUAGUUUAUGUCUUGGCUGGUUUUCAGGGUGUUGGUCGAUUAGGACACAUUCUCGAAUAUAAUACUGAAACAGACAAAUGGGUUGCCAACUCCAAAGUUCGUGCUUUUCCAGUCACAAGUUGUUUAAUUUGUGUUGUUGAUACUUGUGGAGCAAAUGAAGAGACUCUUGAAACAUGAAAAAUGAGUGAACGUCAGACUCAUCAGAGACUCAGAAAUACAGCCACCACUGCUUUGUUCCAAGGGUUUGGUGACAAAGUUUUGGUUUGGUGUUUUGGUAAAGAAAGUAUCAAGUGAAAUGAGGUCCCUAUAAAAUAGAUGUUUCUUUUAUAUGGAUUUCCUUACUUAAUUCAAAGAUCAUAUUUUAGCUGGCCAUAAAACCAAGAACAUAUUUAGCAAGAAAAGUUGAAAAAUUAUAGGCAUUUGUUGAAAAUAUGAAUUUCUUGAAUGAAUUUCACAUUUGUAACUAUGAUUUUGGCAGAAUGAGAGAUUGGCUCAUCAGUGAAGCAGCAGCAUCUUAGCUCUAGAUUCUAUUUUCAUGCAUCACAGAAGCACUACGUGGUUAGAUCUGUUUGUACUCAGUCAAGAACUAAGAAAUAGUAUGAAUUGUAAGUCAAGAUGGGCAACUCAGAUGGAGCAAUUUAGUCUCACAUAGUUGGCUUGUCUUUAUUUUAUUUAGUGCCAAAUGUAUUCCAUUUUAAAAGUAAGCCACAGUGAAUCAAGGCAUAUACACACUUACUCACAACUUCCUAAACAGAUUUGGAAUGUGUUCAACUUCUCAUGAAAUGUAUUCAAUCCACUUUAUACAUUCCAUCUUUUUAACAUAAAACGUAAAGCUUAGCACCCAUCAUUAAUUUAUGUCACUGCUUUAUCCAGUGGUUAAAAAAAGGAUUCUGCCUCUUUAGUCCUCACUGUUAAAUAAAAUCCAAUCAUAAUAAGUGAUUAACUAGCAAAAGGUAAAGCUAUUUAUAGCAAAUUUCUAGAUCAUUAGAGAAGCACUGGUAGUUGAACCACAAUAUCAGUAUUGACUUUUAACUUCUUUAAAGAGAUCAUGAAUUCUUUUCCCUUAGCCAGAAUGUGAGAUACUUAACCUAGUUGUCUCUAAAAAUUUUGUAAUCAUGAGUUAAAUAUGUUAUCUCCUAGUCAUUGCUUUUAUGUGAUCAAUAAAUCUUUUGCAAACCCAA